ACCACACUGUAACGUGCAAUGGCAUUCAAUGGGACCUGGCAGGUCUAUGCCCAAGAGAACUAUGAACAGUUUCUGAAAGCUAUUGCAUUGCCAGAUGACCUUAUCAAAGUAGCCAAAGACAUUAAGCCUAUUGUUGAAAUUCAACAAAAAGGUGAUGACUUCGUUGUGACAUCCAAAACACCUAAGCAAUCUGUAACUAACUCGUUUACCAUUGGAAAAGAGGCCGACAUCACCACUAUGGAUGGCAAAAAGCUGAAGUGUACUGUGAACAUGGUAAAUGGAAAGCUGGUGUGCAAAUCAGACAAAUUCUCUCAUGAGCAAGAAGUUAAAGGGAAUGAAAUGGUGGAGACUAUGACUGUUGGUGGAGUAACACUUGUCAGAAGAAGCAAGAGAAUUUGA